CCCCGGGGUAACGCCCCUACACGCCCCGGCGGAUGGUAUCACUCGGCCUUAGCAGCCAAUCGCCGCUCAGAUGCUGCCCUGAUGGCAACGCCUCCCAAUCAACAGCAAAGCGGGACAACCAAUGCGGGGGGGGUCCCAGCCCGUUGCUAUGGCUGUGCAUCUGCACCAGGAAGUUCUUAGAGGCCAGAACUGAAACAAGACUGCGCAGCUACAUCAUCAGCCAGAGCCCUCAAUUGCUUCUACGAUCACCUGUGACUUUUGAAGUGGACAGAUAUCUCACCUCUGCCUGGAGAUUGCUGAGGGCUUUAUGGGCUACUUCCUUCAGGAAGGUAAUUAGCCAGGAGUGUGUGGUGGCCUCUGUAUAAAGCAGCUCUUGAGUCUAUGCUGGGAUUUGUGUAGGCUGCUCCUUUGCCAUAGGAAAGAUGCAUCAUUAUUAGAUGCCGGACCAUUUGUCUUCUGUGCUAAGCUGCAACCGAAAUGGCUAAGUACAGGCUUGUUCUCUUAAGACAUGGGGAAGGAGCCUGGAACAAGGAGAAUCGCUUCUGCAGCUGGGUGGACCAGAAGCUGAGCAGCGAUGGGAUAAAGGAAGCUCAAAACUGUGGCAAACAACUUAAAGAGCUGGGCUUUGAGUUUGACCUCGUCUUCACCUCUGUACUCAGCCGCUCCAUCCAGACUGCGUGGCUUAUCCUGGAAGAGAUGGGCCAAGAGUGGGUCCCCAUUCAGAGUUCCUGGCGACUGAAUGAACGUCACUAUGGUGCACUGAUUGGUCUCAACAGAGCAGAAAUGGCUCUGAAUCAUGGGGAGGAGCAAGUGAAAAUAUGGAGGAGAAGCUAUGAUGUUACUCCACCUCCCAUAACUGAAUCUCAUCCUUACUACGAAGAAAUAUACAAUGAUCGCCGGUAUAAAUGCAGUGAUGUCUCUCAGGAUAAUCUACCAAAGGCUGAAAGUCUAAAAGAUGUGCUUGAUAGACUCCUUCCCUAUUGGAAUGAAAAGAUAGUGCCAGAACUGAGAAGUGGCAAAAUGAUCCUUAUCUCUGCUCAUGGUAACAGCAGCAGGGCACUGCUGAAGCAUGUCGAAGGCAUCUCUGAUGAGGACAUCAUCAAUGUUACUCUUCCCACUGGUGUGCCCAUACUUCUUGAACUUGAUGAGAAUCUGCACCCUCUGGGUCCUCACCAGUUUUUGGGUGAUCAAGAAGCUAUCCAAGCUGCCAUCAAAAAAGUGGAAGAUCAAGGGAAAGUAAAAUCUUCUGAGAAGUGAAAUCCCACUGACAUAGCUGUUUUCUAAGUGUGGUAAUAAGUGAUGAAUUACGUAUGACUGCUAGGUUGCACUGUGUGAAAGUCUCAAUUUCAAGCACAAUUGGAAGGAACAGUUGUCGAGUCUCAGGUUGGUAGAUUAAUGCUCUGCCUUUCAAAAGCUGGAAUUUAGAUCUCAGCAUGAGAGUAUGGAUACUGAGAAAAAAUAGAGAUCAUUUAGGUAAUUAAAACUUGCAGGGAAGUCUGCCCCAGAUCUAGGAUUGAGGGUGGCUCAGUACAGAAAUAAAGGAAUAUGUUACUGGUGUCUACCAAUAGUCAGUCCUAAUAUGUUAAGGGAAAAAGCACCAGCUUACUGGACUAAUUAAAUUCAGGUUGUUAUAGGCACUAAAACUUUCUCCCUGAUAAAAUGGUACCAGGUAAGUUAUCCAGUAUGAUUCUUCUAUGUCAAUGGCCAUGAUACCUUGUUCUGGAUGGAGUUCCAUUGGUCUUUCAGAACACUUUAUGUAUAACUCUUUGCCUUUGUAAUUUUGAGCUUUUCAAGGCCAAUUCAUGGCCCAGAGGGGAAUUUUGCAGUGAUAUUCAGACUGUUGUAGUUACCAUAGUUGUCUUUUGUUACACUAUAUUACACUGUUUAAGGAAUCUAGAAGUAGUUCCUUUUCUUCCACUGUCUUUGCAAAGCCUAGCAUGACUGCUUUUUGCUGGCUUGCAAUAAUAGGAUUUAACUGAGACUUUAAUCCACAAACUAAGCACAAAGGUUUCAUGUUCAGUGUUUAAAUUAUCACUAUUAGUGAGUGACCUGAAUAGCUUUGAAACACUUAAGGAACGUGUAGUAGAUGUUUGAUCAUCUGUUACUCAAGUUAGAGUAAUUCCUGGUUACCUCAGUAAAACUGGAUAUGGGAAAAAUCCCCCUCUAAGCUUUCCUGAGUUGCAAAGAUCUCUUGAUAAAUAUAUUCCACAGCAAUAUCACUGUGGCAUUCUCUGUAUCAGUUUCUCUGGAGCACUAGAAGAGAUGCAUAAGGCAUGUAGGAAGUGUUACUGGAUGCAGCUCAUGCAGCCAUCAUGCUGGUAGGGAGGAUAUUCUGCCUGUUCUCCUGUAAAACUCUCCUCACAGUCAUAGCUUGAUUCCUGAUUAAUGUGGCCUUGCUGUUGUUUGGCACUAAAUUUGAACAGUUCACACUGGCUGGGUGUAGUGUAGCAUGUAUGAUGUUUUGAUUCUUUAUGUACACAAGCAUCAGGGUAAUUCCAUUUGUGAAGAUUUGAUUAAACCUUACUUGCAAAUAUGAAACUGUUACUUAAAUUUAGAUGUGACCUAGUGUCAACACCGAAGUGUGUGGAUUCUGACCACAGUUACCAACAUGGGUGGCACUUGUGUAUGUAGUGUUAGAGCUGAAUGUGUUCUCAGCGUGGUCCACCUUCAAAUAUCCAGAGAAGUUGAUGAUAAUUCCCUUGGUAUGAUAGACUCAUAGAAUCAUUUGGGUAGGAAGACACCUUCAAGAUCAUAGAGUCCAACCAUUAACCUAACAGUCACUAAACCAUGUCCCUAAGAAUCUAUGAAUCUUUUAACCCCUCCAGGGAUGGUGACUCAACCACUUCCCUGGGCAGCCUGUUCCAACGCCUGACAGCCCUUUCCUUGAAGCAGUUUUUCCUAAUAUCCAAUCUAAACCUCUUCUGGCACAACCUGAGGCCAUUUCCUCUUGUCCUAUCACUUGCUACUUGGGAACAGAGACCAACACCCUCCAUGCUACAACCUCCUUUCAGAUUGUUGUAGACAGCAGUAAGGUCUCCCCUCAGCCUCCUUUUCUCCAGGCUAAAUAGCCCCGGUUCCCUCAGCUGUUCCAUACCUCUCACCAGCUUUGUUGCUCUUCUCUGAACUCUUUCUAGCACCUCAAUGUCUUUCUUGUAUUGAGGGGCCCAAAACUGAACACAAUGUUUGAGGUGCAGCCUCAACAGCACUGAGUAUGGGGGGGAUGAUCACUUCCCUAUUCAUGUUGGCCACAGUGUUUCUGAUACAAGCCAAGGUGCUGUUGGCUUUUUGCCCCCACUAGGCAAAAUAUAUAGAAGUAUUAACUUUUGAAAUCCUAGAGUAGCUGCUGCUUUUCAGAGAGCAGCUCUGUAACUCACUUCAAAACUGUGAAAGGUUGUGUGUUUUUUUUUGUGGUUUGUUUUGUUUUUUUUUUUUUUUUUUUUUUUUUUUGGAGAGCAGUGUGACUUUGUGGUGUGUCUUUGACAGUCUCCCUGUUGUAUGGAGGCAGGCUUUCCAGAUCUGAUCCUGGCUUGCAUUAGUGUAGCACAUAUUCCAUAAAAGACUUGCUAGAUGGUAGUUUCUUUGUGAAUGAUGCUUGGGCUUCUCUUCGGUUUUGUUUUUGUAGCCCUUGCAAUAGGAACAGAGUUACACAUUUCUCUUUGAAACCUACCAGCUUUGUUUACUCUCACUUUUUACAAGCAAGGAUAUUUUGGUGGUUUUUGUCUGAAAUACUAUUAACACCUUCCCAGCUACUCUAUUUGAUACUGACUUAUUCCUUUUUGAGUUUUUAGUUUUCUGUGUGUAGAGUAACUCAAUUUUAGUUGAUACCUUAAAGUCGUUGUUAUGGAGUUAGACUGAUCAGCAAAUGUUCACUGGUCAAUGCCCUGAGGAAGGCCACUGGCAAUCAAGAGAUCAGAUUCUUACCCAAACAUUCAAUAAGGUGUGAAGUUUCAGUCUCACCGAAAGUUACUGUGGACUUCUUAACAAGGCAAGCAGAGCCACCUGUUGUCAGUGGGAACUACACGCAUCCAGAUGUGUGGGCAUACAGGCUGUGGCUGUCAGUGUCCAUAUUCCUUUGACAUUGCGGUGUUGCAAUGUAGAACUUCUUCAGAACUUGAAAUGCAGCUGGAAUAUACUUGGAAACAAACCUUGAACGGUGAGAUAUGGUCUCUCCUCAGAUUUAAUGAUCUGUUCUGGGGAUGGAGUGGGGAGUGGAGAGGUGAAGUAGUGAAAUGUAGAGAGCAUUAAUAUUUCUUUUUGCAGCUCAAUGGAUGAAACUGACUGAAAACAGCCAUUCAAGUGUCCUGGACAGUAAGAAAAACUGUGUGUUUUCAGAUGGCACUGUUUCUACAGUGCUGCUUGAGACAUGAAUAGCAACAGUGCCCUGGGAAGUUUGACUUAAUUUGCUUUGCUUGUGACUCAAAAGUGAUGACAGGAUUUUACAUGCCCAUCUGGCAGCAAUGCUAUCUUGCAAAAGUAUCAAAUGGAACCAACUGGGGAUUUUAUUGUUCUCUUUAAGAUUAUUUUAACACCUUGAAAUGCUUGCUUCUGAAUAGCUUUCAAAUUAAAUUCCUGAUUCAUAAAACAUUUAUGUUUAAGAACAGAAACCAGCUUCCAUUAAGUGGCAUAAGCAAGCCUGAUCUUCAGGCAUAGCUACAUCAGGGAGAGAAAUGAGAAUCUUGCUGGUGGUUUUAGAGAUCAGUAGUUGGAAAACAUUUUCCCCAAGUUUGAUUUAGUAUGCCUCAAAGUCCUGUAAGGUAACCAGUGUUUCUACAGUUGAUAUUGUGGAUGUGGUUGAUUUGGUUUGUUUAUGCAUUUUUAACUUGUUCAGUAGCAGCAAUAGCUGUAGAAUACUUUUGAAAACCUUUGUAAAUAUGAUGGACCUGACAGGUUCUUUAUAAUUCAAUAAACUCACCUGAAAUACAA